CUCCCGCGCGGCCGCAGACGCCGAGCAGCUCCGAGCACGCCUGGCCAGCCAGCGGCGGCCCGCGGAGUGAUCCUGCCGGAGGAGCGUCUCUUUCUUUCGCCAGUGUGGGUGUGCGGGCGUGCUUUUCCCUCCCCGUCCUCCUCACCGCUGCACGCCGACUUCGUCCGAGUGCUACAGCCAGCGGCAUGCGGCCGGACAUCCCGCUGCCGCUGCUUUUGCCCCGAAUGCCGGGCCGUUUUUCGUUGCCGGUCUGAAGGAUCGACCAGGAGGAUCGGCGAGCCGCCGACAUUCCUCGCUCCCCGCCGCCGCCAGUGGAUUUGGGCAUUCAGGUGGCCGCCAAGCUUCCCCUCAUCUCCGGCCGUGCUCUGCCGAGAAGAAAGGCGGACGCGCCCCGGGUCGGUCAACGGGUGGCGGCGCGCUUGAUGGUGUCGCCUGUCGUCGCAGUUGGACUGAUGCGCUCGACGAUUGGUUGGCGAGGUGACUAGUCAGUGGCCGCCAUGACAUGCAGAGCGAACGACUACAAGGCUUUGCUCAAGAACAGCCUGCGGAAAUGGGACCUGCGGAAGUGGGCCGUGUUCCUGGUCCUGCUGCUGAUGCUCGUUUCGCUGCACAUGUAUGGCGUCCAACAGUACAGCCUUGCCACCAGGGCGGUCUGGUACAAGAGAUUCCUGACCAACCGCACGCGCUUUUCGAACGACUGCCGCGGUUGCUGCCGUCCCGCAUUGAAUGUGUUCCUGCUGAAGACUCACAAGUGUGCCGGUUCCACGGUGCAGAACGUGCUGAUGCGCUUCGGGGACAGGCGCAACCUCUCGUUCGCCCUGCCUCGAGAAGGAAACUACUUCGGCCACCCAAAGCCCUUCUCUCUGUCCAUGAUCCCAGCAGACAUGAUCCCUCCAUGGGGGUUCAACAUCUUCUGCCACCACGUGCGCUUUGGCAGCGACGACCUGCGGCGCCUGAUGCCCCCAGACACAGUGUUCAUCACCAUACUGCGUGACCCAGCGCGCCUGUUUGAGUCUCUUUACCUGUACUACCAUCUGGAGAACCACACGGGCGUCUCCUUGGAGGCCUUCCUGAAGAGCGACACCAAGCAGCGUUGGCUCGACACGCACCGCUACGCAGCCCGCUUCGGCCGCAACCAGAUGCUCUUCGACCUCGGCAUGGACACCUCAGGUCACACCAACGACUCUGAGGUGGAUGCCUUCAUCCAGCACAUCGAGGACAGCUUCCGCCUGGUCCUCAUUGCAGAACUCUUCGACGAGUCUCUCAUUCUGCUCCGAGACCUGUUGUGCUGGGACACCCAGCCCGGUAUUGUACGCUCUAUUUUUCUGUUCACCUCUCCCAGGACGUUGUGUACUUCGAGCACAACCAACGCAUGCAAAAGGCGGCUAGCCGGCAGUGGCGGCAUUAAUGACGCUGACAAGGGAAACAGCGCUCUCCGCCACCAGAUGGAGCGAUACAACAUGGGCGAUGGUCGCCUGUACCGCCACUUCCGCCAGAAGAUGGAGCGCCUGAUCGAUGAGUACGGCCGCAAGCGCAUGCGUCAGGAGGUGGAUGGCCUGAAGUUGUGGAAGAGCCUGCUCUAUGAACACUGCGUCGAGAAGCUCGAUUCCGGCCGUACCGUCGCGUACGAGACGCGUGAGUACAGCGACGACGUCUACAGCAUCGUUCUGCGCUCGGGGGUCAACAACCGACUCUGCCUGGACAUGGCGCGCGCCUGAGCUGCCCUACACCGAGAGGCUCAGGCGAAAGCAGAGGCUGCCUGGCACGCAGCAGCCACUGGUGGACGCUGCCAUGGUCGUCUGGUGACGGGGCACCUGACGAGCCGGCAGUCGCCAGCACACGGGGUCAUCAGCUCAGAAGGGUAGUAAAUGCCAGACAGAGAGCACGUCGGCGCGUGGAAAAGGGCUAAUUAGAUUGCCAUCAGAGCUUCCGGUGAGCGUCUCUCCGCUUUAACCACAGCCACCUAUGCUGUCAGGAAAUGGGCUUCCAGUCUCCUCACCAGAAUAUGGUUCCAGCACGGGUCACCGUAUUAGUCUCGAUGCGAAGAUGACCGGCCCGGCGGCCAGCCACUCUCGGGCCUUACACGGCCCUGUUACUCGCCGGGAAGAGAAGUCGCAAAUGGUCAUGAGGCGUUCGGCGAGCCUGCUGGCCUGGCCUGAAGGUGGCCAUGCAUGACUGUACGGAUUUUUCGGGACAUAACUGAUGGCCUCGUCUUCGGCGCUAUGUGUAGUAGUCCACGCUUCCAUGGCCAAUUACUCGUCAGAGAAAGCAGUUGUGAGAGAUGGAAAAAAGAAAAAGCUCAAUGUGUGGCACUGAUUGAUUCUGGAGUCUCACUUUUGAAGGGUGGUUGUAUCGCCUGUCCUCCAAGUCAACGGCUUUAAGCAGAAAAAGAUCAAAUAUUUACAUCUGUGCAGCAUUCCAUGAAACAGGGGCACUGCGAGUCUUCCGAGUGCUUCGAAAUGAAGUCCAACAAGUUCUUUUUGAGCCUGAAGGUGUCUUCUGCUCUGCAUUUCGUGUAUGUGCUGUGCCUGUGAUAAUCAAGGGCUUGUGAUAUGCCCUCCUGCCAGCAGUUUGCUUUUUAUUUGGCUCACUGUGGGAAAUGUUGACGUUACCGAAAAAAUGACAUAGAAAACAUUAUCUGCUCAUUGAGGACAUCGCACGUGUGUGUGUAGGAUAUGUCUGUAUAGUUGAAAUUUAUAAGGACUACAUGCAUUGUAUUUAGGAAAUGUGUAUUAGCUUGUGUAUAUGUGAGUGUGUGUGUAUAGACGUGAAAUUCAGUGAUGUGGUGCUUAGACGUGGCGCAGCAUUUUGAUGCCACUUAAAUUGUGCUGCAUUGUAUAUCGUCAGUCACUCAGUCAGUUCUAGCAUAUCUAUGUUGUGAAUGUGAUCUCUGCUGCAUGUGCAGGUUUAAAUGUGAACAUUGGAAGAUUAACUAGUUGUUUUAUUCCAAUGGGCUGCUGAGAUGCCAGGCUGUGUAUGACAGUGAUCUAGGCUGUGUGAUUGUCUUUUGAGAGAGGACAUCAUGCAGACAGUCUGGACCAAGGUACUGUUCAAUGUUGAUAUCUCACUUUGUGUCAGCCCGUGUUGUGAGAAAUUUCUUGUCACAUUAUGUCAACUAAAAUUGAUAAGGAAGUGGCCGGUGAUAGACUUUAAUGUAAUGUCGAACUGGAGUAUAGAGCUCUUGUGAACAAACCUGCGGUAAAGCGUGCAUUCAUAAUAUGAAACAUGUUUUCAUUCCCGUCAGUUUCCUAACAAAGAUCUUCAUUGGUUAUGCUCGGUUCAAAGCUUAUAUUUUUUUUUUCUCACGGGAAGCAUAUUACUUAGAUAUUCUGUGUUUCACAUUGUCUGUUCGUGAUAACUCAGAAAUUCGAAACAAGGGAAAGAAGUCGCACGGUGCUUUCAAGUCACUUGCAUGACACAAGUUUCAGAUUACGUAUGCACUUAAAAGGGCACUGAAAAGGAAAGCAAGUUUUCUCUUAUAACACUCCUUGAAGAUGGUUCUCUCAUAGUUAUAUACCUGGUUAAUACAACACAAAUUACUUUUUUUCUCUCUCAUUACCUGCAUCUCGUAAUUUGAAGUCAAUUCUGCUUGAAACAAUGCUAGCGGCAUUCUCUUGUUGCAAGAACGUGCAUUUCUAGAACUUGAAGUUGAUUUAUCUCUUCUAUACAUUUUGCUCUUGGUUUACAUAAUGCCUUUACGUUGGCAAAUUCCAUUGUUGUUUUGUACUGCUCCAUACUUCUAAAUGCGAUUUUCAAUGGCAAUGCACUUUUGUGCCAUGGGAAUCGCAGUUUGAAAGCUACCUUUACGUCACAGGUGUGUGCACUUCCAAGUUUGUACGCCCUUGUAGAACGACCAGCUACUGAUCCUUGAAAUCAUUCCUAUGACAUUCUGCAUAACCAGCCUUUUUCUAGACGAGUUUCUUUGAGUGGCACUACAGGGACCUUCCAAUGCCGUUGUAAAUGAGGUCACAAAAUGCUGUAAUGAAAUGCUGGGUUAGUAAAUAUAACAAAUUUAAGUAUAAUUAUUUCAGAUACAGUCUGGUUGAUGUAUCAAUAACUAUUGCACUUAGUAUUCUUGUACGUGUGUAAACGAACAAAAUAUCAAGUUUAUUGUAACAGCACCAUCAUUCUGCUCAUGUCUUGUCGAUUCUGUGCGGUCACUUGUAAAAAUAAGCGUGUCUCCGUAAAACUUGCGUAUGUUGUGGGAUAGCAUUGCACAGUGCGAAGAAAAAUGGAAGCAGUGUCUUCGUAGCAUGUGAUUCGUUUUUUGUAUACUGGUGUCACUUGUCGCAGCAGUAUUCUCUGGUGACUGCACGCAGUAGUCACAAAAUUAUUUCAGCAGUUUGUUGAAGACUGUAGUUGAAGUGUGUGGUCUUUCAAACAUAGUCGAAAAGCCGGUGUUAGGUAGCUGCAUACUCUAAUGCUGUAAGAAGUGAACAGCGAGGACACAACGUUUAAAGAGCUACAGGUUCUGAUGAACCAUUCUCUUUCGAGCCAGUAUACUCACAUUUCUUCACAAUGCGAAGUACGCGGCACAUUUGCAGAGGACUUCCACUAGUGUAAAUUAAUAGACACCUCAUAUUUAGAUUUCUUUGUUAGAUCACAAUACUCGUUAGCACUGCUUGCAUUUCUCUCCCUCCCUUUCACUGCCAGUUUUGCCCUAGUAGUAUAUGUGGGUUGUAAAUGUGAGCCUACUGUAGCAUAAUUUAUUUCAUGACGUGUACUAUUCGUAUUUCUCAAGCAUGACAGUGGAAUUCGUAUGAGCUGGCAUCUUCAGCUUGAAUGUCGUGUCUUGUUAGUUGGUCGUUUCGAACAUUGCGACGUGUCUUACAACAUCGCUAAUGUGCCGCUGUGUCCUGUCACAUUUUUACAGUAUAUGGUAACCUAUUUCAUGAACGAUUUCUGCACGGUGUGCGACAAGGAAAGUGUACGUUUUCUGACAGUGCAAUGGCUUUGCGUGCACGUUUCUGUGUUCACAGCUUGUUCUCCCGCUUCAGUUACGUGAAUUUGAGUAACAUCAGUUCGAGUUUUUUUUUUAUUACUGUUAAGAAAGUAUUUGUCGACGUAACUGAUUGUCCCCUUGACCUUCGCCUUGCUUACCUCGGCAGUACCCUUAAUAAUUUAUUAUGCCCCCAAAGCCACUUCUAUCUCGCUGAGGACAACUCAGUCACUGAAGUAAGUCAACUAAGAACAAUUCGGUCUGUCAGUGGACUCAGUGUCAUCACAAGAUUCUCACGAGAUGCACUGCAGCACAAAAAACAAAAGAAAGAAAGCGACUGUGAGAAAACUAAGAAAGGGUUAAUAUGCCGUACUAACAAUUUUAUGGACUUCAUGCAUUAUUUUUUUACAUUUAUUAGCCUUCCUGAGUUUUCCUUGCGCUAUUAGCCUGUAUGAUGUGAAACGCACUGAACGUGAAAUAUCACUUUUGGCUCAAGCUCAUAAGACUGUCUUUGGUCUAAAGAAUCAUAGCAGAGACAGCUGCACACUGGUACACUCGUAAUUGUGCUUGCCGAAAUCGACUGUUUAUGGGGUCGCGAAUUCAAACGACUACAAGAAAUUAGCUUUUCCAAGCUCACAUUCCCGCAUAUGGUACAAGAUGCUGAUAAACUGUAGCUUCGUUUUUAGAUGCGAAGAAUGUUAUGCUGAGGACUGUGUCUGUCACUCCCUUUCUCCUGCACGUCCACCCCCCACUGCGCAUGCGCAUACCCUUCCCUCUCUCUGUCACGCUCCCUUUCCCUUCCCUCCUGUGGCGUUGACAGCACCUGCGGCUUGUCUCCCCCUUUGUGUCUUCUCUACGCUCCCCCCUGUCUCUCUCUCCCUUCAGAGUCGGUGGCGAAGGCAACGAGAUGCUUCCUCAGUACACACCAUCACUCAUAGCCAUUGAUCAUCUGUCUUGCGGCAUUCCACAUUUCUAUGAGACAGAGCAUAUGCUUUGGUUAGCACGGUACCAUGUUCGAUGUCUCUGGUGUGUGCGUUGAGCAACCAGCUGCUUAGCAGUGCUAAAGUGAUGGUCAAUGGUAGGGUUGGUCACCGGCAGAGUUCAUGGUAGCGGUCACUGCCAUCAAGAGAUGGUUACUGGCAGCAUUGGUCAGGUAGAGGUUCUGAAUGUUAGUGCACCUGCUUAAGGCGACGUAGCGAGCUUCUGUUGGGGACAUUCACCCUCUCCCGGCUGCUUCGCAUCCACACAUGUUUGCUUUAGUGGGAGAUGGCAUCAUUUUUAACACGUUUGUGGGCACCCGGGGAUGCUCCCUCGGGAUACUGGAUGAGCCCCUCUCAGAUCUCAUUGAAAACAAGCUCACUUAGUCGCAUUUCUACCUUUUAUAGAAAUUUUAACGUGCCGGACACGCAGAAUGCAUGCAUAUAGCGUUGGAGGGAGCUGCACGAUGAAGUCUCUAUAUAGUGCGCAACAUGUUACAGCAAGGUCUAGGUGCACAGUGGGAAGUCAUAAAGCGCAUGCUUAUUUACAGACACGAAAUGUUCCGGCUCGACAAGAAACGCGAAGCUAAAGCUUUUUUUUUUACACGGAGCCCUCCGUUUACCGAAGUUGUGUACGAAUUUUCGCUCCGCAUGUUACUUUUAUUUUAAACUUGUUUAUUUUUCUUAUUUCUUUGGAAAAAGCUACUGUAACCUUGAGAAUACCAUGACAAGGCUUGCUUCCCCAUUCCAUAUCUUCCAAGGUGUCUGGCGUUUCGUGAGCUCUUGUUCUUGAAAAGUGCGUGCCAUCGCAUAAAAUGAAAGUGUUAACGUGAUGCCUGUGAUAGCGUUGGUCAUUUGAAAUAAGUUAUGUUGUCAUACUUCGUAAAGCAGAGUGUAUCUUGUAUUCAGAUGCAAAAACAUCUGUGUAUUUGUGAACACGAGCAAAGAGAACAAAAAAGGGAGAGAAAGGAAAGUGUUGAGGCACUGCGUUCAAGUGUUUCGAAUUGUAACACUUGGUGUUUUGUUGCUACAUCACUCUUUAUGAUUGAUUUUUUUUUUAAUUUCAGUUGAGUUAGCUUUGUUGUCGCAAUAAGUCAGUGCUACUAAUUAUGAGCCUUCAGAUCAUUCCACUGUUAUAGACCUGCCCUUUGCAUCCCCCUUCCCUACUCCCCACUACACAUGUAUGACUCUUUGGAAUUUGACAGAAUACUGCAAAACCUGUAGCGACUUGGAAAGAGCCAGCCAGUGGGCUGGACACUAUGAAAAUAUGCUGACGUUUGUAGUAACACGUGAUAGUUAGAUGCCAUCAAGAGCGUAUGCGCAAGUCAUUUGCGAGACCCUCAAAGCCAGGCUGACACUAGUUCGUUUCCGACUGGUAUUCAGGACUUGAUCGUAUUCAGCCUAUUGUUAGCUAUGAUUGGCUCUCAGGGCUGCUCUGGAAUUUGAGUAGCCCAAAGUAUCACCACUGAUAAAUAUCGUUUUCAUGCUAAGUGUCGUCAACUUCCCCCUUGACUCCUGGGGACAGUAUAAAUAUGUGAAGGCCACUAAAAACUAAAAUGAAUCAUGUACCGAAAUAAGGUCGAAAUACAAGCUAGGUCACAAAUUUGCAAAAAGAAAAAAAAAAUGGCAAAAGGCGAAGUAUAUGUGAACGAAAUACAGAGCUACGAGUGUACGCUUUUUUCCAACGCCACUAUUUUUUUGUUCGCAUUAGUGAAAGGUGGUGUACUAUCCAUCAACAUCAUCUCAACAAAGGGUUUGCAUCUUCUGAGGAGCGAAUCUGCCAUCGAUUGCCUAGAACUCUGUAGUGUGCGUUUUUGUGGUCGCACUUUCGGGGAGCUUUGUGGAGACAUGCAUGCUUCACGAUCGCCGAUGCGAUGACUAACGCGUUCUAAAUCGUGUGAUUCGGCUCGUCGUCCACCUGUUUCCCUAAGACUGUUCGAAGGCGGAACGAUGUCACUUGUGAGGGCAGCACGCUUUGAACAAUGUAACAAGCCUGUCAUGGCCGACAUUGCUGGCUCGAGCAAACGUGAAGUGAUGAGGUGUACAUUUUAUGUCCGUUUGCGUCCCCCCUCGCACCUUGUAGUACGAAUUAAGAAUGUUUUUUUAGUAUCGUUCUCUAGACACAUUUGAAUGUAGUGAGUGGAUAUAGUCAGAUUCAGUAGUUACGAUGUGUCAAGUGAGAAGUAGUAAGUGACCUGAUCGUCAGUGGCGUCAGAAACGGACGUCCAUGCUAGUAGUAGUUUGGAACGCACUCACCAUCACAAAAAAGAAAAUGACUCGGGAGGAAGGGGGGGUUCUUGUCAAAUGGUGUGUUCCGUGAGCUGGAACCUCCGGCUUUCGAGUUCACUCGUUUAUAAGUGCUGUGUGUGUGUGCAUGUCUUGUCGUUUCACAGAUGAUGAUAUAACAACAGUGUGUGCUUGUGUGCAUGCGUGGCAAGGAAGCUAGAACUAUGUUCUUGCAUCUUGACGAUUGAUUCGUCCCUAGCACGGGGAUUUGUUUAUAGUGGCUGUUGUUUAAAUAAAUUGUUUGGAGACGAAU